GUCAAAGAUACGCAGAGAAACGGGCUGCUGGUGGUGAAGAUGGCGGAUGGGGACAGUGGCAGUGAGCGCGGUGGCAGUAGCGGCGGCGGUGGCGGCGGCGGCAGCAGCGGCGGUGGAGGUGGUGGUGGAGGGGGAGGCAGCGGGUUUCAGCAUUACCAGCGGGAACCGGAGACCCAGGAGCUUGCAUCGAAGCGGUUGGACAUCCAGAACAAACGCUUCUACCUUGAUGUGAAGCAGAACGCCAAAGGCCGGUUCAUCAAAAUCGCCGAGGUGGGCGCCGGGGGCUCAAAAAGUCGACUGACCCUCUCCAUGUCAGUCGCGGCAGAGUUCCGCGACUACCUGGGGGAUUUCAUAGAGCACUACGCCCAGCUGGGGCCUAGCACCCCGGAGCAGAUCGCACAGUCUUCCGGCGGGGAUGACACCGGGCCUAGACGGGCCUUGAAGAGCGAGUUCCUGGUGCGCGAAAACCGCAAAUACUACCUCGACCUAAAGGAGAACCAGCGGGGUCGGUUUCUCCGGAUCCGGCAGACCGUCAACCGAGGCCCCGGCUUCGGAGUUGGAGUGGGUGGCAUCCCGGGGGCUGGCAUGCAGGCCGGACAAACCAUCGCUCUCCCUGCCCAGGGCUUAAUAGAGUUCCGCGACGCCUUGGCCAAGUUGAUAGACGACUACGGGGGAGAUGAGGAGGAUCUCGCCGGCGGCGGAGGGGCAGGGGGCUACAGCGAGCUCCCCGAGGGCACCUCGAUCAUGGUGGACUCCAAGCGGUUCUUCUUCGACGUGGGAUCCAACAAGUACGGAGUUUUCUUGAGGGUGAGCGAGGUGAAGCCCAGUUAUAGAAACUCUAUAACAAUCCCGUUCAAGGCGUGGAGCAAGUUCGGCGGAGCGUUCAGCCGCUACGCCGAGGAGAUGAAAGAGAUCCAGGAGCGGCACCGGGAUAAGAUGUACGAGAGGAGAGCCGGAGAGGAGUCCGAGGGCGAAGACGUGGACGACGAUUGACGGAUGGAUGGAUGGAUGGUAGAGCUGGCCUGCUCGUGAUGAAGCUGACAACAUGACGAAAAGCCUGGAGAUAAAUAGAGAAUCUGACAUAAAGGAACGACUAUUGUGUGCAUGACGAAUCGAACUUUAAAAUGCUAAAACAACGGAGUAAAAAAAAAAAAAAAUAGUAUAUUUGACUGAGAAAAUAAUGUCUAUAUAAGAAAAUCAUGUUCUAAAGUUUAGGUGGAUGUUAUAGAUAAAUGAGUGCGGACGGCGUUAGUCAGCUCCUGUAUAAGAUUCCCCAUUGAUAAAAUAUAUAUAUAGGUAUAUCUAUAUAUAAAUAUCUAUAUAUAGAUAUAUUGAUUGUCUAUUUGAUAACCUCACACAUGUAGUCCAGCAACUUAAGUUUCAUGCAGCAGUUCCCAGCAACACUUCCUGGUUGAUAUCCAGCGGUAACAGCUCACCUGGCUCUGACCUGUUUUCUGUGAAAUUAUGAAAGGAAGUGGUGCGUAUUUUGGAGUGAGACAAGAGCGCCUGCAUCACAAUUACGGUGUAAGUGUGUGUGUGUGUGUGUGUUUUUGUCUGAAAAGAAAGGGGACGGCUUGACUGGACAGAACGACAACACCCAGGGCCACAGCCUCGUCCAUAGGGGGCAUCCUUGGCAUCGCAGGACAUUCACUCAUCCCAGCAAGGUCCCCGUAAGGUGAUCUGUUACAAGCACACGACUCAUUUGGACUCUCUGGACAAUCCAAAUGAGUCCAAAUGACCCCUCCCUUCUUCUCACUUUUCCCCUCCCUUGCUCUUGUGGGUCCCUCAGGUGCUAACCUCCUGCUCCAAUAGCUGAUAUGUGGUGAAGACUGCUCACACGUGGCUUCUUUUGUCUCAGGUCCAGUGAGUCCAAUCUAUGUUUUAAGGAAAUAUCAGCAUAACCUGUGCCUGCGCAUCAUCAAGAGGUUCUGAGUGCAGACACCAUCAGCCAGGUGCUGCAGCUGGGACACCUGUGGCUACUGAUGAUGUCUGAUAUUAUGCAGGCCCACUUCUGAACCCUGUGACCUUUUUAUGUCAAAAGGGGACACGGUGAGCACGGGCUUCUAGCACUGGUCACGAUUUUCAGAGUUAAAGCUUAAUAUUGCAAGACUUGAGCUGUGGUCUCAAGGGAAUUGACCUUGUGGACUUAUUUAGGGUGCGCCAUUUGGAUCCUUAAAUCUUGAACACAGACCAUUAAUGACUGAAGCAAUAUUCAGUCUGAUUGUAAGAAAAAUUAGGUGCUUUUGGAAAACAAAACCCACAGGGGGGUGCUGUACCUUAAGGGUGAGAGAAAAAGAAAAAUGAUGUACUGGAAAAUAGAUUUACUUAUUAAAAAAAAAUUCAAAUAUAGAUACAAUUAUUUUUCAAAAGAGAUUUAUGAAAAUAUGUCAUAGAAAUAUGAGACAUUUAUUAGAUAACGAUGCCUAAAGUGGCUUAUUUAAAACACUAACACUUUGGAUGCAACUGUCCAGGGUGAUAUUUCAUAACUGUUUUUUUCCUAACAUUUCUUUUAUUGCUUAAAGGAAAUUAAGAAGAGGUCAGCAAAUUGAUAACACAGUAUGUUAUAGCAAUUUCUAGCAACAACUACAUGAAAGUAGUUUGUCAGCAAACACUCAGCACUCCAGUUCACUUUACAUAGCAUCCAGUUGUCCCCUCGUUUCAGUCCACCCUUUUAACCAUGUUAUGUCACAAUUUGGCUCUCCCAUCAGUUGUCAUACGACGCACACAUAAACAAUCUGCAAUCAUCAACAUUUUGUCUUUAGUGCUCCUUUUCAAAUAUGAUAAUUUUUGCAUGCCUGCUCUAACGCAGAGCUGCCUUGUGUUCUUUUAUUUGCAUACUCUGAUUGCUGUAUAAUGGUAUUUAUCCAUAUUUGAGAGCGGUUUCAAGUUUUCUUUCUUGCAAUGAAAAAAAAAGUUUACUUCUCAGCCUAAUAAAAAAGCCACAAAGUUCCUGUGCUUUGCGGAAUGACACUUUUUAUUGUCCUACUUCAUUUGGUGUGUUAACCUCUCGUUGAAUUUUAAUUUUACUUCAUUCACUUCAACACAUCAAACGCAGAGAUGCCAUAAGAAAAAAAAAACAUGGGAGCAAUAUUUCUUUUUCUUUUCUAUUGAUUAUAAAUAUACUAUAUAUAAUAUUACACAUGAGAUUGAACUACAUCCUUCUUCCUGUACUGUGUUACGUGAAAUGGCAGCUGUUUCAGUCGUGUGUUCUGCUGUAAUAUUCUAUCGAGUUCCUUUCAACGAGAAAUAAAAGGUUUUUGCUCAGGA